AUGGGAGGUUCAGCCGAUGAAUUCCCUUUGCUCUCAGCUCUGGGCUUGUACGCUGCUGAUAUCCGAGGGGACGGCAACUGCUUGUUCAAUGCCCUCUCAGACCAGCUCUACGGCCACCAAACCGAGCACCGGACCAUACGGGCAAGGGUCAUCACCUACAUGCGAGACAAUGCCGACUACUACAAGCAAUUUAUCGACGUACUACCAGGCGGCGGAGUGCGAAGGAACCCUAAACGCAAAAAUGCCGGAGCAUAUUCAACACCGACAACCUACACGCCUGCAACACCGGAGGAGAUCGACCGCGUCUUCGAGAGUCACCUGGAGAGCAUGGCCAAGGGCGGUACGUACGGAGACAACAUGGAGAUAGUGGCCUUCAGCUCUGCCUAUGGUGUGGACGUGAAGAUCUAUCAGAGGGACUUCGCCUACGUCGUGUCGGCAGCUGGCGGAGACGGCCAGAGAGACGUGGCACAUAUCGCAUACCAUACCUGGGAACACUACUCUUCCAUCCGAAACCUUGACGGACCCCACACCGGCCCUCCAAAAGUCUGUGAGAAGGCCCUCUCCCCCGAAGAAGAACGACGGCAGAAAGAGAAGCUGGAGAAAACGCCCUAUGUUCUCCCAUGGAUGAUAGACGUCGUGUCAAGCUCCCUACCCUUCCUCGCCGACAAACCUACCAUCAAACGUGCGCUGGAGGAAAGCAAGGGCAAUAUUGACAGCGCCGUCUCGAAGCUGCUAGAUGCAGAAGACCGCGGGAGCGUAUCUUCGGCACAGGAGAGCUCAAGCGUAGAGCGAGAGCCUGACAGUGACGACGACGUGAUCAACGGACCCAACAAGAAGCAAGACAGGCGAUUGAGCAGAGCAACGAAGACAAUGAAGAAGGGUCAAGAGCGGAGGCGUCAGAUAGCCUCGGAGCUAGCUUCUUAUGACGGCUCACGGGAAUCGCUGGUCAGUGAGGCCUCGCGAAAGUCUCGCAGCCCAGGGACGUCGCACCUGAAGGAGGAGAUUGCCGAUACCGAAGACGAGGAUAGCCGAUCAGACUUCGUCAAAGAAGAAGGAAAAAGCGAACCAGCAGUACUACUUUCGGCACCGUCUUCUCCACGGAAACCAGUGCGGCUCAAGCUCAAUCCCCCGAAACCUCCCGACCCUUCCUCAACGGGCGGUGGCAAGACCCAGCAGAAGCAACCGGGUCCCCAGCGCAAGCACGGUCCGACGGCUCGCGAAAAGAAAGACAUCAAGAAGCAGGCGCAAAAAGCGGCGCGUAAGGAGCGGGCACUGGCCACCACGUCUCCCAAUGGCACCACCGAAGCCAAGAAGAGCGGUCUGGCGAUUUUGACAAAAGCAAAAGGCAACUCGUUCAUCGAAAGCGGCAUCAAGACGCUCUACAUCUGA